AUGUCGACGAUUCGUUCCUCGUUUUGGCGAGGCGGAGUUUGUAACGCGCUCAUAUUUCACAAAUCUCAUCUUCCCACAGACCGGGCAAAAUGGCAGCCCAUCUUUGCAACUGCCAUGGGCUCUCCUGAUCCGUACGGCAGGCAAUUGAAUGGCAUGGGAGGUGGCGUGUCGUCUCUUUCCAAAGUGUGCGUUGUCUCGCCCUCUCCGAGAGAUGAUGCCGAUGUGGAUUUUGAAUUCGUCCAAGUUGUCAUCGAUGAUGGUUCACUUGACUUCGCCAGUAACUGUGGUAAUAUGACCGCUGCUAUUGGACCAUUUGCUGUGGACGAAGGCAUUCUGAGCUUCCCCAACGACAGGCUGGCCCCUGCAACGAGCUACACAAGCGUACGCAUCUACAACACCAAUACUAAGAAGAUCAUCGUCGCUUCGUUCCCUAUUAGUGGAAAAACUCCAAAGUUUGUUCCUCACGGAACUUACCAAAUGGACGGAGUUCCGGAUACAGCAUCAAAAAUCACACUCUCUUUCCAGUCGCCUGGUGGAACACAGACGGGGAAAGUGCUUCCGACUGGUCAAAGUGUAACACUCUUGAAUGCUACAGAUAAGAAUGGAAGAAAAAUAACAGCCUCGCUACUGGACGUGGCAAAUCCAGGUGUAUACGUUGAUGGUAGCGAUUUUGACCUCCAGUCGGAUAUCGCUCCUGCUGAGCUGGACCAUCAAAAGCAUACCUUGGCUUUAUUGGAAGCUGUUCGUCGGGAAGCUGCAGAACUGAUGGGUAUGGACCCAAACACAGCGAGUGUGCCAAAAGUUGUGGUGUUGUUCAAACCCACCGAUAAAGAGACGUCUGCGGGGGUCAACAUUAAAUGCUUGGUCCUAUCGAUGGGACAAGCCCACAAGGCGAUCCCUCUUACACUGGCUUUAAAUCUGGGUGUCGCCUGCCGAAUAAAAGGAACGUUGGCCUCUAAGCUGGCAAAGAAUUUGAGUCAAGAUCAAGACAAGUCAGUAAUAAUAGGGCAUCCGAGUGGGACAAUAAACGUUGGUGUGGAUAUGCUAGGGGAAGAUGUUUUAAGUGCGUCGCUUUGCAGUACCGCAAGACUAUUAAUGAAGGGAGAGGUAAAUGUCGAAUAA